UAUGAUAAUAGAUAGAUUGUGGCGAAGAAUAUGUAACCGACAACAGGGGCGAGAUCCGUAUAAGACAAAAGGAAUAUCAACAAAUCUCAGAAUCACGAAAUCGAUUGGAAGGGGCUUCCUCUUUCUUAUGCCUUAAGAAUCCAAAUCGGAUAUCCGCCAUUCCUGUUCUUGAGUUAACUGCUAGAGAGAAUGAUAAUCUGCCACCAAUAAAUCUAGAGCGAGAGAGAGAGAGGACAUGAGAGCAGAUUAGUUGGUGUGGUGGUGCUUGGAUGGAGGAUUGGAUGGGAGGAUUGCAGAAAAGGGUGGAGGGUUGGGUAAGGGAGCAGGGGAGGAGGAUCAAAGAGGAGGUGGGCUGGCCUCCACAAUGGAGAUGGCCUCCUUGGCAGGCGGCCGCUGACAGAGAGGAGAAAAGGAGGGCUCGUGAGGAGUAUGCGAGGAAGAGGGCACAGCUCCAGAACCUGUGCGCUGCCCUAAAGGCCGACUCCCUCCCCGAUAUGCAGGACGUUCUCUGCUCAAUGGUCCUCUCAGAAUGUGUAUACAAGAGGCCUGCAUCUGAGAUGAUUCGAUUUGUUAAUAAAUUCAAGGCUGAUUUUGGAGGUCAAGUAGUUUCUCUUGAGCGUGUCCAGCCAUCUUUAGAUCAUGUGCCUCACAGGUAUCUAUUAGCUGAAGCAGGCGAUACCUUGUUCGCUUCCUUCAUUGGUACCAAGCAGUACAAGGAUGUCAUAGCCGAUGCAAAUAUACUGCAGGGGGCCAUAUUUCAUGAGGAUACUGCAGAAGAUAUUUAUUUGGGUGAAGAAUCUGAGAUGGAUAAUAUAGAUAGUAAAGCGGGAGUGGACCCGGGGAGGUGUCUCCAAGUAAACUCUAAUAAUCUGCAAACCAAAUUGAGACCAGCUGCACAUAAGGGGUUCUUGGCUCGUGCUAAAGGCAUUCCAGCACUAGAGUUGUAUAGGCUUGCCCAGAAAAAGAAUAGGAAGCUUGUUCUCUGCGGUCAUUCACUUGGUGGUGCGGUUGCAGUGUUGUCCACCCUUGCUAUUUUGAGGGUUGUUGCUUCUCCAUCGUCGGUUAAAGAAAAUGAGCGGGUGCAAGUUAAAUGUAUCACCUUUUCCCAGCCUCCUGUUGGGAAUGCAGCCUUGAGAGACUAUGUUCAAAAGAAAGGAUGGCAGCACUAUUUCAAGACGUAUUGCAUUCCUGAAGACUUGGUUCCCCGUCUCCUCUCACCUGCUUAUUUUCAGCAUUACAGUUCACAGGCAUUGCAAAGUGCAGUAGACAUGGAUCUCAGUGGUUCAUCUUUAGGGAAGCCCAGUGCGGGAGGUGGGAUUGGGGUGUCAAUAACAGUAAAAGCUAGAGAAAAUAAUGGGGAACGGCUGGUACUGGGUUUAGGACCUAUUCAGAAAUCUUUUUGGAGACUAUCCAAGCUUGUGCCAUUAGGAAGUGUUCAACAGCAGUUAAGUCGUUUCAAAGUAAAAAGGAAUGAAUUGGGUGAAAUAGCUGUAGCAAAGAACUCAGGUUUAACGGAAACACUUGAUGAAGUGGAGGCAACCCCACAAUCUCUUGAUAUCCAAGAGGGUGCUGAUGGUAUUUCUCUUACUCCAUCUGAUAUGGAUGGAGGGGCAUCUGAUGAAGUUAAGGGCAAUGCCCAUAGAACUGAUGCUAAACGCACUGAGGCUAGACGUUGGAGGAGAGUGCCUUCUCUACCUUCAUAUGUACCAUUCGGUCAGCUUUAUCUUUUGGGAAAUUCAUCGGUGGAAUCACUUUCUGCUGCCGAAUACUCGAAGUUGAUAUCGGUGCGGUCUGUGAUAGCAGAAUUGAGGGAGCGAUUCCAAUCACAUUCUAUGAAGUCUUAUAGGUCGCGCUUUCAGAAAAUAUAUGACCUGUGCGUGGGCACUGGUGCUUCCCCCAUAUUGGGAUUCGAACAGCUGCCACAAUUCCCAAACAUCCAACAAUGGCUUGGUCUUGCUGUUGCUGGUGUAGUGGAACUUGGAUAUAUUGUUGAGGCUCCUGUCAUCCAAACUGCAACAUCAGUUGUUCCUCUUGGGUGGAGUGGGAUUCCUGGAGAGAAGAAUGGGCAGGAGCCUUUAAAAGUUGAUGUCAUUGGUUAUCGACUACACCUAUGUACUCUUGUUGCUGCUCAAGUCAAUGGUAACUGGUGUUCAACUAACGCUGAGGGCUUACCUUCCAUGCCAAAAUAUUCUUCCUAUCACGAGGAGCAGCCUGACUUGCAAAAGAUGCGUGUAAUAAUUGGCAGUCCACUCAGAUCUGCAAGGCAGCAGAUUUUAUCAGAAUACGUAGCCUCUGGCUUUCCUUCAUUUGAUGCAAAAUCUACAGAUCCUUGUCAGAAAUUCAGCAUUGAAGCACCUAGCAAUGAGGGGAGCACCUGUAUUGAAGGUUUAAGUCGUUUCACUAUUUAUUGUACUAGUGACUUCAUCACUGUCUCAAAGGAGGUUUUUGUCAGAGCUCGUAGGGUGCGAUUGCUUGGCCUUGAGGGUGCUGGGAAGACCUCCCUAUAUAAUGCCAUUAUGGCACAGAGUAGAACCUCGACUGCUUUUGACCCUCAGAGUGUGCAUCCCAUCAUGGAUCCCCAAGAAGGAAUGGCUGGUGGUUUGUACUAUGCUGAUUCAGCCGGUGUAAAUUUGCAGGAUUUACAUUUGGAGGUCCGACACCUUAGGGAGGAGUUAUGGGUGGGUGCUCAUCAGAAUAGGAAGAUUGACCUGAUUGUACUCGUGCAUAACCUUUCACAGAAGAUACCACGUUAUUAUAAUAAUCAGCCAGACGCUUCAUCACCACAAGUACAACAACCGGCACUCUCACUUCUUCUGAAUGAGGUUUCGGCGGCAGAGAUCCCCUGGGUACUUGCAAUCACGAACAAAUUUUCAGUCAGUGCAGAUCAGCAAAUGGGUGCAGUGAAUGCAGUGUUAAAUGCAUAUCAAUUGUCUCCAAGCGUGGCUGUAGUUGUCAAUUCCCAUCCAUAUGUUACUUCUACGGGCCCUUCUGCUAAGGGAUGGAGCAUAGAUGAAGGAAACUCUAAAGGGUUGGCCAGUGCUCAGAGAUUUAUCCUUGCUCCUAUCAACCUUGUCCGCAUGCCUUUCCAAAGGAGAGAAGUGGUCCUUCCCGUUGAGGGUGUAAACACACUUUGCCGGCUUAUACAUCAUGAGCUUCUUGGUCAUGAGGAGACGUCUUUGCAGGAACUUGCAAGAGAGAGGCUUUCAUUGGAGUUGGAGAGGGAGCAGAUGAGGGUGAGAGACAGCAGGAUGAGGGAUUUUGAGGGGAAGGGGAGCUCUUCAUCUGCGGCUGCUGUGGGGGCUUCACUGGGGGCUGGUCUGGGUCUGGUUUUGGCAAUUGUCAUGGGUGCAGGUUCUGCUUUAAGAAAACCCUAGGUGUAGGCGCACAUCCAUGUUCCUUUUCCUUUUUUUAUUUUUCUUUUGUAUCUAUUUUAUUUAUUUUAAUUUUUUAUUGGUGGGCACCUAUCAGAUGUUUAGCACGAUACUAGAAACCUGUCCAAGUUUGCUCAUAGCCCGUGCCUUUUGGAGUAGGUGUAUAUGCAAGAAUAGAAUCCAUAUAACGACGUGCAAGGUCAUAGCUUCAUUAUUUAUAUGCAGGAACUUGGUGCAAGGGAAUUCGUCUCUUGUAUGAGACUUUUCUCAAUUUUGGUGUACCUUAACUAUUUCUUCACAUGCGACCGAUGACUUCCUGCUGCUUGGAUGUGGAACGGCUAGGUUUGGCCUUUUCUAACAUAAACAUGCACACAAAAUUUGAGAGAUUUGAUGUCCAUGAGUUUUAUAUAUAAUAUCCCACGUGUAGAUAUCUGUAAAAUCAUAUUGAUGCCUAAGUGCAAUGUAUGCUUUCCUGGGGAAAGAGAUUGUAAGC